AAAAGUGUUGGAGGGAUUUUGUACUUUUUGCUUUUAAGACACAGAAGAACAUGUUCCGAACACCAGAGCUUCAAGUUCGGCAAGUCUCGUUUCAACCAGAACGCGUUGUUUGGUCGCUUCAGACACUUCCUGGAUGUGAUUGGCCCCAGCACCCUGUUUGUGACGGAGAGACAACUACAGGAGUGUGUGGCGCUACGUGAUCGUUUCAAACAAGGAACUCUGCCUCGAGUCACUGACGCUCAGCUUUGGAAAGCUCAGAAAGUGAAGCAGGCCAUCCUCCACCCUGACACCGGGGAGAAGAUCCUCAUGCCCUUUCGGAUGUCGGGUAACAUUCCAUUUGGCACCCCAGUGGUUGUUGGUCUCCUUCUCCCAAAUCAAACAUUGGCAUCAACUAUCUUCUGGCAGUCGUUAAACCAGAGUCACAUCGGCUGCGUUAACUUCUGCAACCACAACGCCUCCAAGCCGGCUCCAGCCUCCAGGUUCGUUCCGGGCUUCCUGGGAGCCGUGACCAGCGCCAUCUCCAUCGCUGUUGGUUUGAAUGUGUUACUCCAGAAAGCAAAUGGCUUCAGCCCAACAACCAGGCUUCUGGUGCAGAGGUUCAUCCCCUUCCCAGCAGUGGCGAGUGCUAACGUCUGUAACGUGGUCCUCAGGAGGCACUCGGAGCUGUUGGAGGGCCACAGCGUGCUGGACGAGCAGGGGAACGUGGUGGGAACCUCUCGACUAGCUGCCAGGCAUGCCCUUAUGGAGACGGCCCUGACCCGAGUGGUGCUGCCCGUCCUGCUGCUCCCUCCACUGAUCAGGUCACUGCUGGAGAAGCGUCCUGUCCUGCUGAGGCAGCGGGGGCUCGUCCUGCCCGUCCACAGUCCGGUGGGGCUCGCCGCCUUCGGCCUGGCUCUGCCGCUCGCCAUCAGCCUCUUCCCACAGAGGUCCCAGAUCAGCGUCGGUCUGUUAGAGCCGGAGAGCGCGAGGGCAACAGACGGUUCGAUGGUGACGGACAGUAAAGGCCUGUGGGUGAUCUGUGCGGAUGGGACCCCCCCCCCAUGAGGAACUCAAAGACAACUUAUUGAAAUAACGACUAAAAGACAAUAAAGAUUCAAACACAUUAUAAUCUCACAUGGAAAUCAGUUCUGAAGAGGUCAGCACUCUGCACACAAACGCAUCGUUGUUGAAAUCAUUGUGUUGCUGCUCUGCCUUUUGUGUGUCUGUACUUUUCUCUGUGUAAACCUUCUUGUGUAGCUGUUGUCAGGAUCUGUGUGAUUAGUGUGUUUGCACAGUUGCCGGGGGAACGCGGCACGCUAGGCUGCCGUCUCAACAAGAACGCACAAGUCGGCUGGAAGCUGCUGGUGACACAAAUAACAACUACACACUGUUCACAAAGCCAACCGGUGAUUAUUGAUGCAUUAUUAUCAAUAAACAUGUUUCAUAUUUUA